AUGAAGCGCGGUUCCGAUGCCGACGACCCGCGCGCGCCCGCGCUCACCUCCGUAUCGCGCGCGGUGAGCGGUGAAACCUUUCGUAUACUCACUCGCGCGUCGACGUCCGCGAUCGACGUCUCCGCGCGCGACGCGAGCGGGAAAACCUUUGUCGGAAGAUUGGAUUUGCAACGCGCGCCGUUUGAACGUUUCGGUGAAUUCGCGCGCGCAGCGCUCGGCGAUCCGCGACGCGAACGCGUCGAACGCGCGUUCACGUUCACGUUCGAGCGCGCGGAGGAGAACGGGGACGAGUACGAGCUCGUGUGGCGGUUUAGGGAGGCGGAGGCGGAGGCGACGCUGGACGACGGUGCCGAGUUUGCGACGACGCGAGCGAAGACGGCGAACGACGGGAAGAAUUACGGCGCCGUUCGCACGGGUGUGUGCGGUAUGAGGCGCGUGGAGAGCGACGACGCGUUUUGUGAUGGAGGAUUCGCGUACGAGGCGUUGGGGGAGGCGUUGGAGAUGGAGGCGCGACGACGCUUCAACGCCGAGCGAGACGGGAAGAGGGCGAUCGAGGCGCGCGAAAGGGCGAAUGAGAACUGCGAAACGGCGCUGCGAGAGAUGGAUGCGUUGAAGGAGCGAUUAGCGCAAAACUUUCUAUCGCUUUUAAACGAGAAAAAGAAGGGCAUGAGGAAAAUGGCCGAAGAGUUGGAAGCCGCGAGGGCGGAGAACGACGAGUUGAAGGCUGACCUGGCGAGCGCGAGACUGGAACACUCGAAGCCCGACGUCGACGGUUUCGUGGCGGUCAAAGGCGAGCGAAGCGUCGAUGCAGACGUCGACGAGGACCGCGACGAGAGCGAGGACGAAUACAACACGGAUGAUGAAACGGAACGAACGCGAAGGCGCGGUCGCAAACGCGACGCGUCGCAACCGUCGCAGCGAAAAUCGCAGCCAUCGCAGUCGCAACCGUCGCAAAAACGCGCCCGAAAUGCGACGGCGAAAAAGAAAUCCUUUUUAGCCGACACCUUAGCCCUGCUCGACGCCGAUUAA